GGUACGCUUUUUUUACGCCAGUGCGUGCUUAUCAGGAGCCCCCGGCCGCACGUCGACGACGGCCGACGCUUCAGUUCGCGACUUGACGCCCGCCCUGGUCGCAUCGCGCCGCCUCGCUCAGACGGAGCCGACGAGUUGUAACGGCCCGAAAUAGCUCAGAAUUUUUUAAAAGUUAUUUUCUAGUUUUUUUGUACCCCUUUUGUAUAGUUAUUUUGUAUCCCGGUUCACCGUUUGUACGGAUUUCCUACCCGUAGUGUUACGUGUGAUAUUUACAAUAUUGUUCUGUAAAGGAAUCGUACUGCUUUUAAGAAGCUAACACCGUGUGGAUUUUACCGACUGAUUUUGUGCUGCGAUCCUCUCCGGAGUGACCCUCUGAGCCCCCGAGCGAGCGUCCCGACGCCAAGAUCGCGACGCUAAGCGACGGAGCCCCGCGAGCGCGCGCCCAGCCCCCGACGAACCCCGCGCCGGCGCCUCAAACCGCGCAGCUAGAUGUAAAUCCCCGGAACCGCACCCGCAACCGAGUCUGCUUCAACCCCGUCCGAGCCCGACACCCGCGCAACAUGCAUAUCGAGAUACAGGUGGCCCUCAACUUCGUCAUCUCCUACCUCUACAACAAACUCCCCAGACGGAGGGUCAACAUCUUCGGCGAGGAGCUAGAAAAAGCCCUCAAGGAGAAGUUCCGGGGGCACUGGUACCCGGAAAAGCCAUUCAAAGGCUCAGCCUUCCGUUGCAUCAAGACAGGUGACCCUGUUGACCCCGUCUUGGAAAAGGCCGCUAGGGAGUCCGGGGUGCUCAUCCAAGACAUCCUAGAGAAUCUACCCCAGGAGUUGGCCGUCUGGGUUGAUCCCGGCGAGGUCAGCUAUAGGAUUGGUGAAAAGGGCGCAGUGAAGGUGCUUUUCAGCGAGUCGAUCGACCACCAAGAUGAUUGUUCCGCUGAUCGAGAGGUUAAUAAAACCUUCAACCCUGAGGCCCAAUGCUUCCGGCCGAUUGACGCUGUUGUGUCCAGUUUAAGUCAGCUCAACAUCUCGCCGAACAACAAGUCGAGUUCUCCGCCGUUCCCGAGUGUGCUGCAGGUGAGCAGUAGGAGCCAGGGGGCGCCCCCCGCGGCCUCCGCCCCUUCGGCUAAUACGUCGCCGACGCCCUCCAACCCCGGCGCCCCGCAGUUCGGCACGGGGAAGGUCUCGCCCACGAUGUCUGUUAACUCGUUCCUGCCGAGGUCCAGCGCGGCGCCGCUCACGUUCACGACGGCCACGUUUGCGCAGACCAAGUUUGGAAGCACGAAGCUCAAGACCAGCAGCAAGAGGGCUAACAGGAUGUCGCCGACGGAGUUCUCGAACUACAUCAAGCAGCGCGCCCUGCAGCAGCAGCAGAUGUACUCGCACACCCUCUCGCCGGCCUCCCCCGGCGGGCGCUCGCUGUCCCCGCACGCGGACUUCUACUUCCAGCAGCACUCGGGGCACUCCACUUCCGGCUACCCCGGGCACGGGAAUGGCUCCUCCGCGUACCGCAACAUGUUCGCGGCGGACGCCCACACGCCGCCGUUCGUCCCGGAGCUCUACCCCAAGUUCCCCUCCUACCUGGACCCGCCCUCGACGUCGCAGCUCUUCAACUCCGGCUCCGGCGCGGGUCAGCUCUCCAGUUCCUCCCCGGCCGGGUCCCCGAUGAACCCCGCCCAGCAGAGCUCCGCGGAUCACUUCGGGCUCGGCUCCUACCCGGCCAGCCCCUACCAGCACCUCCUCGUCGCCAACUAAUCCCUCCUCGCCGGUGCCCCGUAGCAAGUAUCAGCGUAGUACCACGUUUUUCCUUUUGUUUCCUUUUCCUCUCUUUGUCUGCCCCGCUGGAAAUGGUGAGUGGGAACGGGCGAGGAACUCCCGAGAUAUCAGUCGGAUCCCUACCAAUAUCAGUCGGAUCUCUACUGGUAUCAGUCGGAUCUCUACUGGUAUCAGUCGGAUCUCUACUAAUAUCAGUCGGAUCUCUACUAAUUUCAGUUGAAGCUCUGCUGAUAUUAUUCGGAUCUCCACUGAUUGCAGUUGAAGCUCUGCUGAUUAUUCGAAUCUCCACUGAUAUCAGUUGUAUCUCCAAUGGUGUAAGUCAAAUUUCCACUGAAUGAUAGUGGUGAAAUGAUGCGUGGGAAUGGGAGAGGAACUCUGAAGAUAUCAGUCGGAUCGUUGCUAAUUUUUUCAUAUCAGUUGGACAUCUGCUGAUAUUCAUUGCAUAUCUGCUGAUAUCAUAUCAAUAUCUGUUGAUCAGUGGCGUGGCGUGAAUUGCUAUCUAUCGAUUGUU